GUGACCUCUGGGAGUCCGUGCAGGCGCAGUUUAGUGCUGCCUGCCACAGCCCAUGGCCGAAGGCUGCAGGUUCCUGUCACUCUCAGGGACAAUCUCGUCUUGUGUCCUCGGGGCGGUGUGAGAAUUAACUGAGUGAAGGCUUGGCAAAUACUUAGCUCAGGGCCUGGCACUCAAGACGUGUUCAACGGACCAUGGCAGGUCUCGUUCACAGCCCAGAGCUCCCCGCACCCCUAUAGGGCCAGAGGCCUGCUGAAGGGUGGAGGAGGGAAGAGGAAGGGAUCCAGGCCUUGGAGCCUGGCACGAUCAACGCACUCCAGGCAAGGGCGGGGGAAUUCACGGCCCUGCCCAGGCGGCAUUGAGGCCCUCUGCCAGCUCUUGUGCAGGAGGGGAAGCGGCCUUCAAAAGGGCGCAGUGCCCAUGUUUUCCAGUCCGCUGCUGGGCCGGGCUGGUCCACCUGGACUAAGGGCCAGGGAGGACGCUCAGGCUACAGGUGUCCCUAGCAGGCCCAGUCUCCAGUCCCCGACCGGAGCAGGUGUCUCCGGACAUUCCUAUUACUCCCCGCCCCCUCCUCCGCCUGGACUCCCGCGGUGACCGGGCCAAUCCUUUGAUCCUGAGCUCCCGGUCACGGGUCCUUCCCCUUAGGGGGAGGGAUGGGGUCUCAGAGCCAGGAGGGUUCAGGUAGCGGGCACAGGGCCAUCCUGGAUAGCUGUCCCAGUGGCCUUCAGCCCUCCCAUGCCUUGGUGCAAAAGAGGGUUAUAGGUUCCUGGCCGUUUUCGGAGCUGUCCGGUACGGGGGGCAAGGGCGGAACCCUGCCAGGGUCUCCCCGCCCCUUCCAGUCCAGACAAGCGAAGGUGAAACCUGAGCCCAGGUUGGGGGCGGGGCUGACUCGCAGCUCUGCCCCGGUCCCCGCUACCGGGCGGUCGCAAGAGGAACAAGGCCUUCUUGGAGCCUCUGGAGCAGACGGACUACAGGCAACUGCCACCCUCGAUGGAGACCCAUACGGGAGCCGCAAUCGCUCCACCUCCGAUCUGCAGCCUCUACUGCCACUCAAGUGCGAGCUGUUGCAUGUGGCCAUUGUGUGUGCCGGACACAACUCCAGCCGAGAGGUCAUCACCCUUGUGAAGUCCGUGCUAUUCUACAGGAAAAAUCCUCUGCACCUCCACCUGGUAACUGAUGCUGUAGCCAGAAGCAUCCUGGAGACACUCUUCCGAACAUGGAUGGUGCCGGCUGUGACCAUCAGAUUCUAUGACGCUGAAGAGCUCAAGCCGUGGAUCUCCUGGAUCCCCAAUAAGCACUACUCUGGCCUCUAUGGGCUAAUGAAGUUAGUGCUUCCCAGCAUCCUGCCUCUCAGCCUGGCCCGAGUGGUUGUUCUGGACACUGACGUCACUUUCUCCUCGGAUAUUGCCGAGCUGUGGGCACUCUUCGUUCACUUUUCCGACAAGCAGGUGAUCGGUCUCGUGGAGAACCAGAGCGACUGGUACCUGGGCAACCUCUGGAAGAACCAUAAGCCUUGGCCUGCCUUGGGCAGGGGAUUUAACACAGGUGUGAUCCUGCUGCAGCUGGACAGGCUCCGGCAAUCUGGCUGGGAGCAGAUGUGGAAGCUGAUGGCCAAACGGGAGCUCCUUACUCUGCAGGCCACGUCUCUGGCUGACCAGGAUGUUUUCAAUGCUGUCAUUAAGGAGCACCCUGAGCUGGUCCAUCCCCUGCCCUGUGUCUGGAAUGUGCAGUUGUCAGACCACACAUUGGCCGAGCGCUGCUACUUGGAAGCAGCUGACCUCAAGGUGAUCCACUGGAAUUCACCAAAGAAGCUUCGUGUGAAGAACAAGCAUGCAGAAUUCUUCCGAAACCUGCACUUGACCUUCCUGGGAUAUGAUGGGAAACUGCUGCGGAGAGAGCUCUUUGGCUGCCCCAGCCAGCUCCCUGCUGAAGCGGAGCAGCUGCAACAGGCCAUGGCACAGCUGGAUGAGGAAGAACCCUGCUUUGAGUUCCGGCAACAGCAGCUCACUGUGCAUCGGGUGCACAUCACCUUCCUGCCCCACCAGCCGCCACCUCCCCGGCCCCACGAUGUCACCCUGGUGGCCCAGCUCUCUAUGGACCGGCUGCAGAUGCUGGAAGCCCUGUGCUGGCACUGGCCUGACCACCCCCCUCACCCCAGGCUGCAGAUGCUGGAAGCCCUGUGCAGGCACUGGUCAGGCCCCAUGAGCCUGGCCUUGUACCUGACAGAUGCAGAGGCUCAGCAGUUCCUGCAUUUCGUGGAGACUUCGCCAGUGCUCUCUGUGAGGAAGGAUGUAGCCUACCAUAUAGUGUACCGGGAGGGCCCCCUCUAUCCGGUCAACCAGCUUCGCAAUGUGGCCUUGGCCCAGGCUCUCACGCCCUACGUCUUCCUCAGUGACAUUGACUUCUUACCUGCCUACUCCCUCUAUGACUACCUCAGGGCCUCUAUUGAGCAGCUGGAGCUGAGCAGUCUGCAGCGGAAGGCUGCCUUGGUGGUGCCUGCAUUUGAGACCCUGCACUACCGCUUCAGCUUCCCGAACUCCAAGGCAGAGCUGUUGACUUUACUAGAUGCAGGCUCCCUCUACACCUUCAGGUACCAUGAGUGGCCACAGGGUCAUGCGCCCACAGACUAUGCCCGCUGGCGGGAGGCCCAGGCACCAUACCGUGUGCAAUGGGCAGCUGACUACGAGCCCUAUGUGGUGGUACCCCGUGACUGUCCCCGCUAUGAUCCUCGCUUUGUGGGCUUUGGCUGGAACAAGGUGGCCCACAUCAUAGAGCUGGAUGCUCAGGAAUACGAACUUCUGGUGCUGCCCGAGGCCUUCUCCAUCCACCUGCCCCAUGCUCCAAGUCUGGAUAUCUCCCGCUUCCGCUCCAGCCCCACCUAUCGGGACUGUCUCCAGGCCUUCAAGGAGGAGUUCCACCAGGACUUGUCCCGGCGCUAUGGGGCUGCAGCCCUCAAAUACCUCACUGCCCUGCAGCCGUCCCAGAGCCGGGCCUGAGCUUGCCAAGCUGCCCUGGGCUCUCACACACACUCCCUGCAGACACUGGAGAACCCUGGUGGGUGCCCACCUUUACGGCUAUUUAAAUUAUUUUAAGGUUUGUCAGAGGGGCUGGGGUGGAGCAUCUAUGGGGGUUCCUCGAUUUUCCCUUGUUGCUGUUCCACCAUUGGGGUUCAAUCUUUCUUUGCCUCAGCUGGUUUGGGGCUAGUUCCCCCAAUCCCCUUUAGUAAUAAAAAAUUUAAUUGGGGUUUU